CUCACACUGGUCAAGGUCACUCGUCUCUUCUCCUUCUCCCCCUCUCUAUUUCUGUUUCUCUCCCGAUUUUCGCUUCCCAAUUUCUUCCCUCUCAUAUCAUCUUAGCUAGAAAUUAAGAUAGUCUAUCUUGAUCAUGGGUUUCAAUUCUGUCUAUAGAAACUUGCAGGAGAUAUUUCCGCAGGUUGAUCCCAGGCUACUGAGGGCUGUAGCUAUUGAACACCCAAAGGAUGCUGAUCUAGCAGCUGGAAUAGUUCUUGCGGAAGUCAUCCCGUUCAUGUCCAAAAAAUUACCUGCUGCAAUUCCUCCACAGCACAAUGACCAUGGAGCCCCACUAGAUGUUGAAGUUGAAAGUGAGGAAGAAGGCAAUAGGUUGAGGCACUGUCAGCGUGUUGAUGACGUAAAUGUGGGGCCUUCCUCUACUUUGUCAAAUGGCUGUAAUUCAAAAGAUGAUACUGAAAAAUUUCUUGGAAUGGAUGAUAUUAAGGAGCUAGAUAUUUUUCAGAAUGCUGAAGAUAACUUCAUUGGGGAAACCUUGAACGAGAUUGCUCAGGAGAUGUCAAAUGGCUUUAUUCAGGAGGAAGAUAAUGAAAAUUUUGAGAGACAACCUGUGGAUUUUGAUUGUGAAAAUUUGAUAUCUUCAGCUGAUGAUUAUGAUGUCACCCCAAGUCACAGAUUGGAAGAAUGCGAAACUUACUUGAUUGAGUUAGAAAGUUCUGAAGCUCAAGAAGUUUGUCAUGUUCAAGGCGAUACAUUAAAUUCUAAAGAUAGUCUUCAAUCAGAAUUGGAUGCUGGUUCUUCUACUGCUGGUGGCAAUACUAGUGAUGUUGAAAAUGAUAAUGGUGCAAAGAGUGCAGGUAGCCAAUAUAGUCAAGUAUCCAGGAUUGAUCUGCUUGAGGAAAUCAUUGAUGAGGCAAAAACCAACAAGAAAACGUUGUUUUCAUCAAUGGAAUCUCUUAUCAACUUAAUGAGAGAAGUGGAAGUUCAGGAGAAAGCUGCAGAGCAGGCUAAUAUGGAAGCUGCUACUGGAGGGUCUAAUAUUCUGGCCAGGAUAGAAGAAUACAAAACAAUGCUGGUGCAAGCUAAAGAAGCAAAUGACAUGCAUGCAGGAGAAGUUUAUGGGGAAAAAGCAAUUCUUGCAACUGAACUGAAGGAACUUCAAUCACGCUUGCUCGGCUUGUCUGAUGAAAGGGACAAGUCUCUUGCAAUUCUCGAUGAGAUGCGCCACAUUCUUGAAGAACGACUAGCUGCAGCAGAAGAAUCAAGGAAAGCAGCUGAGCAACAAAAGCUGGAAAAGGAGGAAUCUGCACGAAAGGCUCUUGUUGAACAGGAGAGACUGGUGGAGAUGGUAGUACAUGAAUCACAAAGACUACAGCAGGAGGCAGAAGAGAAUUCAAAGUUACAGGAAUUCCUAAUUGAUCGUGGGCGGGUUGUUGAUAUGUUGCAAGGGGAAAUCUCUGUUAUUUGUCAGGAUAUUAAGCUUCUAAAAGAGAAAUUUGAUGCUAAUCUUCCGUUGAGUAAAUCCUUCACCUCAAGCCAGACUAGUUGCAAGUUAGCUUCAUCAGGUUCUUCCCACAAAACAUUGGCAUCUGAUGCGGGUUCUGACCAUAGUGAGUCAUCUGGAAUACGUAAGACAAGCUGGACAACCUCAAUUGAAAGCCUUUCUUCCAAGAUUGGGCAUGACGAGGAAAAAUCCAAAGCUGAUCACAAUGCUCUUCUUGAUGAUGGGUGGGAUAUUUUUGAGAAAGAUGCAGAACUGAAUUCCGGAGUUUGCUGACUUUUUAUUCUGCUGAGAGGGGGAAACAUGGGGAGUUAAUGCUAAUGUUUAUACAACAAAAUAAACCUUAGAAUCCUUCGAUGAUUUUUCUUUAUGUUUCAGUAGCAUACUAGCAUGCAUACAAUUUUUAUGUAGUCCUCUUGGGGAGUUAAUGCUAAUGUUUAUACAACAAAAUAAACCUUAGAAUCCUUCGAUGAUUUUUCUUUAUGUUUCAGUAGCAUACUAGCAUGCAUACAAUUUUUAUGUAGUCCUCUUGAGUUUGGGUUCUCAUUGUUUUCCAGAUUUUGUAUAGAAAACGUCACAGCAAAUUACUUGAUUUCUUCUUUCUCA